AUGGCGAAUCUCGCGGAACUGCCAGCUGAACUGCUCAUAGACAUCGUGCAUUCGUGUUCACACACAGACAUCAAGCACCUCAGCGAGACCUGCCGCCUUCUCCACAACAAACUGCUACCUGAGCUUUUUCGCAACCUUGAUUUAAGCACCCAUAAUGCCACUAUCGAAUGCUCCUUCGAUAUUUACCGCGAAGGUCGAGUCGUGCGAGCUGCCACAGGCCGAAAGGCCGUCGUACCUCCUAGGUUCUCCGCUCGGGAAUGGCAUAGUAUCGACCAAAGCACUGCUAGAAAGCAGGAGCUGUUGAUAAGGACCAUUGCCGAGAAACCUACCUACGCAAAGUAUGUGCGCGAACUACACUGGACAGUUCUCGACAGCUAUCAGAACAUCACCCAUCAUCGAGAGCUGUUCGACGCGCGACCUCGUUACUGGCGCGCCAUUUACGCUGAGACAAGCUGGUCUAAACAGGGGCGAGAUCGAGAUACUCAAGCCAUGGUGAGAGUAUACGAACCAGGGUCUCCACUCACCGCAGACGAGAAGCUACAUCUGCUGUGGAGAAUGUUUUACGACAAUGACAACAGAAGGACCCACUAUGAGAAAUACGAGAGGACUCUCAGCAAAGAGCGUGAGGAGUUUCCACCAGAAGAUGCUACUCUGCCGAAGAAGCUCUUCCAUGAUGCUCGAUCUAUUCGACUAGGCGGACGUAUGACGCGCGAAUUUGUCACCUGUGUUCUCGGAGGGCCGCGUCUCGAAAGCAUAGAUCUGAACGACCUAAAGCUAUGGGCCGAGCUCGAACCAGCUUCCAACUCCAACCCAAAGCCAUCUGGAUCGGGUCUCGCAAGCCUUACCACAGAUACAGCGGAGUCUGAGCUGGAACCGCCAGCUUCGAACCAACUCCAAGAGCUACGCAGGUAUCUCGACGUAAAUCGUGCCAGACUGCAGAUGCGACCAAACGAGCGAGUGCUGGCAGACACCCUUGACACGCUCGCAGCCCGCCAGUCUGUUCUUAAAUCUCUUCAUAUCACCAUAUCAGGGCCUGAUACGGGUUACUAUUACACUACCCAGGAUACAUCACUGUAUCACUCAUGGGCACGUUUCCUAGCAUCGACACGCAAUACUCUAUGUAAUCUCUUCUUCGAACAAUGUGAAGGUAUCAAGGAGUCGGCCGGCCCUCGUAGGGGCCGUGAGAGAAGGCAGACACAUGGAACCCGUCCGAUGGACUGGCUUUUUGCGGAACAGGUGCUGCCUGUCUUGUUAGGCGCUCCAUGGCCGCACAUGAAACGCAUGGAGAUCAGAGGCGUAGGCAAACUCGACAGCGUGUAUCAUUAUCAGCUUGGGCGGAACAAGGAAGUGGCUACAGAGCAGCUUCGUAAGCUGCUGGACCACGAAGCAGAGUUGGUAAUCGAAGAGGGGUCGUCUGCAAAGUGUGAGCAUGUCGAUCCAGCUGAUCCAGGCAUCCCACCCAUAUACAACCAAUGGGAAGAUUGGACAGCGAUCAUGGAUAGGCGUAAGAAACAAAACCACAGCGAUAGCGACAGGGACAGGGACAGCGCAAGAAACGAGACCGGCGGACUUGCGACUUGUCGUAUCAGCGAUUACGAGCAGAUAUCAUUUCGAUGGUCAGACGGUUUGAUAGAUGAGAAGAGUGCUAUUCGUAUUGUAGAUCCAGAAUACCUGCCGGAUACGGAGUUAUUGGGAGGACCCAAUCCCGAAAUCGAGAGGGCAUGA